GGAGUCAAAUAUCACUCAAAUCCUUAAGUAUCCCCUCAAAGAACAUUCUUUUUGUUUCUCAUUCGUUCUCAAAUUAUCCUAUAAAGCUCUUGUGACAUCCAGAUGAAGUUGCUUCUUCUCUUUUUUUCAAUCAUCAUUGCAGGGUUCUCAAUUAUAUUCAGAGAUCCAAUUAUCGAACGUAUCGAAGUAAUAAGUAACUUGUUUACAGACAACACAACCACAAAUCCUUCGCUAAACCAACUCUCUAACUUUCCAUCCGCUUCAUAUUCUACCACGCCAAAAGCAGACAAUAUGACAACACCAAGAGGAAUCCAAAAAGCCUUUUUGGCACGCGAGCAAGCGGAGGGUGCGGGAGCAAGAGUUCGUCGUUCAAUCGGUACACCUCAACUAAAGAACUUCUCGCCAUUCCUUAUGCUCGACCAUUUUACCAUUAAGCCCGGAGCUGGAUUCCCAGAUCAUCCACACAGAGGACAAGAAACGAUAACCUACCUCCUCGAAGGUGCUGUCGACCAUGAGGAUUUCGCAGGAAACGCAGGGACUAUCGAAGCAGGAGAUCUUCAAUUCAUGACCGCAGGAAAAGGAAUAAUGCACGCGGAAAUGCCACGACAAAAUCUCGAUGGCAGCGCAAAUGUUGGAAUGCAACUCUGGGUAGACUUACCCGAAAAACUCAAGAAAUGCGAGCCACGAUAUCGUGAUUUACGAGCCAAGGAAAUCCCACAGAUCGACAUCGAUGAUGGAAAAGUGCACGUGAAGAUUAUUUCAGGACAAAGUCAUGGUGUUGACAGUGUACAAGAACUAGCUUAUACACCGGUUUGGAUUUUCGACGUAGAAAUUAAACCAGGUGGAAAGAUUGAGCAAUCAUUGCCAGCUGGAUGGAAUGCUUUUGCUUAUACUUUGAGUGGGGAGACAGUCUUUGGAAGUGGAGAUGAGAAGACUAAGAUUGCACAAUUCCACAAUGUCGUAUUUCGUCAGGAGGGAGAUUUGGUGAAUGCAGAAGUCGAAGAGUCUGCUAAAGAGAAUGGACAUUUCAUUCUGGUAGCAGGUCAACCCCUUGACCAAAAGGUGGUCCAAUAUGGACCCUUUGUCCUCAAUUCAGAAGAGGAGGUAUAUCAAGCGAUGAUGGACUUCCAGACCCAAUCUAAUGGGUUUGAAAGAGCCAAGGGAUGGAGAAGUGAGAUUGGCAAGACGAUGGUUCAUUAGAUUAUUUUAAGGAGUGGGAAUCUGGGUAGUCUUGGACAAGAGAUGGAUUGUGAAGAAUGGCAGGCGAAUAAAAGAAGGAGUUAGGUGUCUUGAUCUCUAUAGCUUGGGACUAGUUAUUUUAGUUGAAUUAACACAAUGCGUAUAAAAUAAAUUCUUUCAAUUUAUGAUUGCUAAUUAUAAAUUGUUAUUCA